GUCAAGCUCGUCGCCUUCGACCUCGACGGCACGCUCUUGAACACGGACCACCAGCUCUCCGCCGUAACGCUCGGCAAGCUGCGCGAGCUGCACGCGCUGGGCGUGCCGUUGGCCUUCGCGACCGGUCGAUCCGGCCCCGCGGUCUACGAGCACGUCGCCGCGUUGCGGCUCGAAGGCGGCCCGCUGCCGUGCGUCUGCUACAACGGCGGCGUCUGCUUCGAGUUCCCGCAGCCCUGCGCCGACGGCGCCGACGCGCGCGAUCGCAAGACGAUCCUCUUCGCGUCGCCGAUCCCGCUGGACGACGCCGCGGCGGUCGUCGCCUACGCGGCGGCCGAGGGGCUGCUGGUCCAGUACUACGUCGGCGACGACAUCUUCGUGUCGCCCCGGAGCGACGCGCACCUCGACCUCGUGCGCCGCUACGGGGAGCUCACGGGCGCGACCCACGCCCACGUCGACGCCUACCCGUCGGACCUGGAGCCGGCGAAGAUGCUGCUCAUGACCGACGACCCGGACGCGGUCCUCGCGAAGGUGCUCGCGGCGCAGGCGUCGGGCGCGCUGCCCGCGGCGCUGACGCCCAUCCGGGGGUCGCCGCCCUUCUUCGUGGAGCUGCUCCGCGGCGACGUCUGCAAGGGCAACGGGCUCAAGCGGCUCUGCGAGCUCCGGGGCAUCGACGCCGCGGACGCCGUCGCGUUCGGCGACGGCGAGAACGACGUCGAGUUCGUGUCCUUCGCGGGUGUCGGCAUCGCCAUGAAGAACGGGCGCGACGCCGUCAAGGCCGUCGCCGACCGGGUCACGUCGUCGACGAACGGCGAGGACGGCGUCGCGCGCGCGCUC